ACGAACUCUUUACCACUAUUGAUAAAUUCGCAAAAACCACAGAUUUUUACUUUCUAGGAGAUAUUAACAUAAAUCUGAGACUAGACAACCCUAUAAAACAUAAAUACAGUAACAUGCUGCACAGCCUAGGCCUUAUGUGCGGGAUCACUGCACAUACUAGGAUUGAAUUAUGUAAUGGCAAAAUAAGCAAAUCGUGUAUAGAUCACAUUUAUGCUCGAUCCCGCACACAAGACCUGUAUACGGCGGCGAUCGGUACGACACUGGCUGACCACCGGGCGGUGAUACUCGCUUGCCUCGGCGCUCGAACACAGGAUGUUCCGAAAUACAGAACUUGUCUUAACAACCAAAAGUUAUUCUCAUCAUUAGAACAGAUAGAUUGGGGGCCUACAAAUAACAUGACGUGUCCAAUAUCUAUAUAUAAUUACCUAAAGACUAGACUUACGGAAUGCUACAAAAAAUCUGAAUAUAAAAUAAAAAUAAAACCUAACAACGUACGAAGUCAAAACAUAUGGAUCAAUAAAAAAAUUAUACAAGCAUGUGAGUAUAGGGAUGAUCUGUUCUUAAAAUGGAUAAAAAACACGAAUGAUCUAAUCGCAAAACAAAAAUACAAUAAAGCCCGAAACUACGCCAAUAUGUUAAUUCAAAAAACUAAAAAUAAAACCACAAAGUCGGACAUUAUCGCAAACAAAAAUAACCCUAAAAAUCUAUGGAAUAUAUUGAAUAGGCUAACUGGCAAAAUGAAGUCUUCAAUAGACGAAAUACUGCAAAGUACUUUUGGUGGUCAUUGCAAAGAUAUUGCAAACAAUUUUGCGGAUACGUUUAACAAUAGUGUCAAACGGAUAAUUCCUAAAUGCUCCGAACCAUUGCUCGACAAUUCAACAUAUAGCUCUUCAGCAAAUCCCUCGGGUUUCACUCUACAAGGUUCGUUAUGUUUUUGGUCCUCACGUCAGCUUGUCAGGAUGUUACGGGCAUUAUCUAACACUUUGUAUAUCAUCAUUCAUCAAUCAGACGGCUGAUACCAAAUCGGUUACGCGAGGCUAAAUGUUAAACAUAGUUUUAUAUAUGAAAGGGGUGUGUCAAUGGCUUCUAAACACGUUGGUCCUCGCGCAGAGGACAGGUCGAACCCGACCUGUUUUUCAACGAGGUUUAUAUAAAAAUACUACUACUAGUUACACAAUACGCUAUCAUUCAUCGCCCCCUUGGAUUAUGUUCAGAGGUUAACAAUAACAUAUGUACUUAUAUAUUAUCUGGAUAUUUUACAAUCAUGUUUAUUUAAGUGGUAUAUUGACAUAUAGGUACCUAGUAUUUGAAAAGUAGUGUAUGAAACAUUUUUUACUAAAAAGAAUUUCAAAAUAUGGGUCCAGAAAUACCGUGACAGAACUUGUCUUAUUAAUUUUGAAAAUAUUUAGAAAUGUAUUUAUCGUUCAAUAAUUAUUGUAACUAAGUAACUGUAGGUUUCUUACAUUAAUUUUUUUUUGAUCAUAGUUCAUUGUAUACUUUCAUGAAUGAAAAUAUUGUUGCAAAAUUCUGUCACAGCAAGUCUCUUUAGGGGGGAUGAAUUUUAAAAUUACUCUAAGACUAACACAACACAAGCGCUUAGUUAACAUUAAAAAUAGUACAAAUAGAAAUGGCUCAAAUACAAUUUCCUACAAUCUCAUAUUAUAAUUGUAUUAUUAUGCAGUUUGUAUUGCGUCUUACCCACGACCUUCUGCAGGCACCACCACUUUCCCCUUUCCAGUUCACAAGAACAUCGAAUGUUUAAAAAGCUUGUACAAAAUUACCACCAUGCAUCAAUAUUUACGCUCUCAAUUUUAUUGUAUCUAUCACAAACUACAAAUUUUACUGCUAGCAACUAGCAGCUUUCACAUAGUACACUUCGUUUACUGGCGAUCAAAUCAUUUGACUUCGUGAUUAUAUCAAAACAUUCUUUUUAUGCGCUGAAUUUCGGCUCACUUUUAUAAAGUGGUAGCGAGUUAGGUCGGCUACCUAUUAUAACUUAUUGUUAUUUAAAAUAUAACUUGAACCUAUACCUAUAAUUCAUAUUUACAGUUAUUAUGUAUAUCGGUUUUGUUUGUGACAAAAUAAUUUCUUCUUAAUGAUAAAUGUAAUGAAUAUCAAAAAAUUAAAAAAAAAAAUGUGUUCAAAUAAUUAAUAAUAAAUAAAAAGGUAGUGAAAUGAGUUAUGAAUCCUGUUUUCCAAGUCGAAAGGCUUGUAUCGCGUAUUGAAAGGACUGUUGUGAUAUAAUAGUAGGUAGCCACCCUAAAGCGCAAUAAUUUCAUCCACUAAACCAAGUAACAAAAUAAAUCUAAGAAACAUAACCAAAUCAUACCGAAUUAAGUAAUAUUUAAGCCGCUUAGAGCCAACUUAGUAAUAAACGAAGAACCUGUAGUAAACAUCUUGCAUUUGAUGACAUGACAGAAAGUAUUGCUACUCAUACGACUUUACCUACAUAAGUUUGUAUGUACUUAUGAAAAAAAAAAUGCUAAUUUGGUAGCUGAUAAAAAAACACUGUGUUUCAAAUAUACCAAUUACCAACCUAUUUGAUGACUCUAAAGCUAACUAUAUUUACGUAGAUUGAAUAUAAUAAUAUGACAUCACUAACUAAACAAGAAAAUUAAAAAAAACAAUAAUAAUUAAAAAAAUAAAAUGCAAAGUGAUUUAUACUUAUUUCCUUCAACGUUAUCAAAAAGAAAAAAAUAUACUGCAGCAUCUUGGGUGACAUUUGAAAUUUUGAAAAAAAUUGAAAAAAAAAAACAGUUUCUCAUUAUAUAAAAGUUAAUUGUAUACGACUAAUCGUUAUAAUUUGUUUGUAUACAUUUACACCUCCAUACAUACGUAAGAAAAACAAAUACUAGAGCUACCGAAUCAGUCUCGUGAAGGUUUACACGGUUUACAGUCAAUAUUUCUAUCAUAUCAUCAAAGAGUUUUAACUGAUAACACAAGGGGUCUUCAAGAUAAUAAAUGUGUAAGACUGGUAACAUUCUAUCGGAUACAAGUCGAUCAGCUGGUGUUU